AUGUUGAAAAUACUGUCAUCUAGUAUCUGUGUGUUUUUUAUCAACGCCUAUACGAGAAGUGUGUUUAGAGUGUGGGAUAUACAGACCCUUUCGCUGCUGCAGAUCUUCCACGAUAGUCAGGGGAAGGCUGGAGAAAUGCAGAUCUAUGCCAUGAUAUUUGACAAUAACCAUGGCACGCUUAUUACAGGGUCAUCAGUCAUUGAUAUUUAUCCUCUAACCCGGAUGAUACAAGACACCAAACAGGUUCCACAAACGCAUGAAAGAAACAUCAACGUACUGGCUUACAACAGGGCUUUUCACCAAGUUCUCACUAUCUGUGCUGAAUCUAUUGUGAAGGUCUGGGAGCUAGAAUCCGGGCACCAAAUCUACCAGAUUGAAGAUGCCCAUGGGCCUAAUAUUGAAGUGACCUGUGCAGCAAUUGAUAAAAAUGGGUUUCACCUUGCUACAGGAGCCUGUGAUGGAACAUUGAAAAUCUGGGAUUUUGGAAGUGGGCAAGAAAUUAAAGCUUUGCCUGUAGCAAAUGAUAGCAAAGAUGAUGAGCAGUGGCUGCUGCAGCUAGUUUAUCUGAAGGCUAGUGAGAGUCGGCAUGUGAUCCUGGCUUUGGAGCACAGUGGGGAGAUCAAAAUCAUUCAGGGUAAUGAAGGUGAACCUCAUCUGACUGUUACAUGGGAGCUCCCUGAGGCUGUGUCACUUAUUCUGCAAGAGAAUCCAGUUAUGUCUCUAUGGCUGAAACCCAAUGCCAGGAAAACAAAUGGAUUUUUUCCAGAUGUUCAGCUGUUGUCUGACAAAGGUCCUAAGAGAAAUAACGAAACCCAGAAUUUACCACUGGGUGAAGAAAUGAAGUGCUUUGAUGUGUUAAAAGUAGAAGGAUACAGUUUGAUAGCUACUGGAAAUGCACAUGGUGCAAUAACCUUGUGGGAUUUUGAAUCUGCCACUGUCAGAUACUUGGAUAAAACUUAUCAGGCUGGUCAAAAUGCUGUCGCUCAAGUAUCUGGAGUCAAUGCCGUGCUAUUCCUUUUCCGGAGUGCUUUCUUUUCCAGUCUCUCCUCCUCCACCACUUCAUCCCUUGUAAGUGAUAUGACAGCCACACAGGGUACAGAAGGCAGCCACGUGAGUCUAAACAAGGAAGAUGUAAACAAUGGAGAGUCUUCAGCAACAGUAGAAGGGGAAGGGACAACCAACGAGAAGGAUGUGCAACCCUCUGACACCAAAAAAUCAGCCUCUGGCUUCUCCAGAAUCAUAGCUGGACAUACAUGCUCACCAAUCCUGGCAUCUGCUCAUGAAAAUGGCUGUGUCUAUCUAUGGAGCAUUGGGGGAGAUUUACUGAGAGAGGUUUUGCCCUUCACAAAGCAUCCUGCAAUUCCUCUGACUGCUCUGUGCACCGAUAUCUCUGCUAAAAUGCUUUUAGCAGCCACCAAGGAGGGGCAUAUUAUGCGCUGGAAUACUGGCUCAUUCCUAGAAGAUCCACAAGAUGAAAAUAAGCAAAUAAAGCAGCAGCUCUACUGGCGAGCUCAUUCCACCAAAGUGGUCAGCCUAUUCUACGAGGAGGAGAAAAACCUGGUAGUGACAGCCUCUGUGGAUGGUUCUGUCAGGCUCUGGCAUGCACCAAAUGGACACUAUGUUGGUUACUUCGGACAGCGCAGGGUGUUUGAAUUAUCAGAAUCCAGUGAUUUGAUUUUGCCCUGUGAUGUUAAUGAAUUUCCCGUUCUAAUCAAGGAAGACAGCAAGUACAUGGAAAAGAAGCAGAAGUUUGAAUAUCCUCUAAUACUGGACAGGAAGAAGUGGAAAUCAUUGACCAAAUCAUCCUUACUUUCAAAAAAGCCUAGACCCUUUGAAGUGGAUCAGGAUUUCAAGUUUUUCAAAGCUCUAGCUUCUCCUAAGGUUAAUAGACAACCUUUGGAAAGUUUCAAGUCAGGAAACAAAGAGGCUGGUGUUGUGUUUGGGUCUAUACCUAUAUACAAGGUUCUCAGUCUAACAAGUCACAAACCUCUCCACCAGUUGGGGUCAAAAGAGAAGCAAGACUCAGUUGACACUAUCUUCAAAAGGAUUAAGCAUCAUACACUUUAUGAGCCAUCACGUUUAUCCAAGAGAAGAAGUGCAAAAAAUAGCCAGGCUCCAGCGGCAAAUGUGGUCCAGUCCUUUGUCCCCUCCAUUUUCUUCCAAGUUGCAAAACCCUAAAAACUGCCACUGCCGUUAUCAAAAAUAAACCUUGAUAUCCCUGCAAAUCAUAUGUAGUCAAAGUAAUCAUUACUGGUAAGCAGACGAGCACAGUCUCUGUGUCCACGUUAUUUAUUUCCAGUGCUCCAGCAAUAUUGUGUUAAUUUAUGUAUCAGUAGCUCCUGUUGUCACAUCAUGCCCCAUAUUCUUCAUAGAAAUAUGUUUAUUAUAUGAAUUUGGCAUAACUAAAAUGUAUUUUAUGCAAAAUGGGUCAUGUAAGUUGUCAUUGGAAAGGUUAUGAUUUACUGAAUAUGAUUAUCCUAUUUGUAUGCAUGAAUCAUUUCUGUAUCUGAAGUUAGGAAUAUUAGCUCUGUAUCAAUUGCAAAAGUGUUUGCAUCUGGGGGACGCCCACCAGACAGUAGGCAAUCAGCCUGAAUGGGCCAUUGGGAGAACAAUAAGAUUUUUGAAGAUACUAAUCUCCCGCCCUCCUGCGAAGUUACCUGGGUUGCUGUUUUGACUUUGCAGGGUCAUGUGAUCAUGUCCUCUGAUACUGGAUUCCAUCUUGGACUGCUGGUAUUUUCCACUAGGACAGGGUGGGGGUUGAACUGGGAAACAAAAGAUUCCCGCCAUAUGUUAAUCCUAUUUAAGGCUGGGAAGUGAGUCAAUCAAGGUUGCUGGUUCUUCACUGAAUCCCCACCCAGGAUGAGUGCUGGAAACACCUAAGAUUGACCUAGGGAGAAGGAAUGGGACCUAAGCUAAGAAAGAGUCUGGCCUGUGAAAAGGAAUACCUGAAACUCUAAGCUGCAAGCAGUGCAGUUUACCUUCAAGAAACUCCGCAACCUGCAUAAAACAACAUUUAGGGUGAGAAAUUACUAUUUGUAGCCAAUGUAUUAAGCCUAGUUGGCGUGUUUUGUUUUAUUUGCUCAGUAAUCUGCUUUACUCUGUUUACUAUCCCUUAUCACAU